GCGUUUCUCUGUGGUUCUUGGAGAUAUAAACAGUCGCUUGCAGUUCGUGUGUGAGUGCAUGAGAAAACGUAGGGAUUGAAUCAAAUUCCACCAUCUGAAACAAGAAUGCAGUUCCUCCAACUUUCUCUGUUGGUUGUACUCGCACUGCUUGUAACGGACAGCAAUGCAGAAAAAAUAAGGAAACAUAAGAAAUAUAACAGGAAGCCCAUGCCACCCACAGUGAGUUCUAUUGAAGAAACUGUUGAGGACACGAAUGAGGAUGACAACAAAGCACUUCCUCCUCUUCUUGCUGGUCAAGAUAUAAUCGAUAACAGAGUGCCAAUGAUUGAUCCGUGUUUGCAAGUUCACUGCGGCGCUGGCAGAAUAUGUCAGGUGGAUGAAGAAGGCGAGCCCCAGUGCGUCUGCAUCCCGACAUGUCCAGUCGAGACCGAGUCGCGUAGAAAAGUUUGCUCGAACUUCAACGAAACUUGGUCCUCAGAUUGCGCCAUCUAUCAGCAACGCUGUUUGUGCAACAAAGACGACGCUCAAUGCAAAGGGGCGCAAUACAAACACGUCCACAUCGAAUAUUAUGGCGAAUGUCGUCAAAUGCGGGAAUGUACCAAAGAAGAAAUGUCCGACUUCCCUCGCAGAAUGCGUGACUGGCUUUUCAACAUCAUGAGGGAUUUGGCUGAUCGUCAGGAAUUAACCCCGCACUACUUGACUAUGGAACGCGAAGCCGAAUCAAACAUGACCCGUCGUUGGACCAACGCAGCUAUCUGGAAAUUCUGCGAACUCGACGGAAAUCCGCCAGACCGAUCUGUAUCCCGUCAUGAACUCUUCCCGAUAAGAGCACCUCUUAUGGCUUUGGAACACUGUAUCGCUCCAUUUUUGAACACUUGCGAUACUGACAACAAUCAUAGAAUCAACAUCAAGGAGUGGGCAAAAUGUUUGGAAUUAGAUGAGGAUGAAAUCGAAGACAGAUGUGAACAGAUAACCGAGGAAGAGUAAAUCUGCACUAAGAUAUCGAUAAGUUUCAAUCUUUUGCAGAAUAGCUUGGUCUUUCGAAUCAAUGAGAGGCAUUCUAAUUAUUAUAUUAUUUUCCGAACAUGUUGAUAGUUUCUCACACUGCCACUAAUUGAUAUUGAAUCAUGUAUAAAUGUAUUUACUGUGAACUGUAAAAAUAUUUAAUAAAAUUACUCCACUUG